CAGCGCUGCCCUCUUACCACGCAGACUUCAUUCUACCCUUUCCACACAGUCGCGCAGAGUCGAUCGAAGGGCGGAGCGGAGCCAUGGCGGGGGAGAGAGUGACACCGGUGCUGAAGGACGAAUUGGAUAUUGUGAUUCCGACGAUCAGGAAUUUGGAUUUCCUGGAGAUGUGGAGGCCCUUCUUUGAGAAGUAUCAUUUGAUCAUAGUUCAGGAUGGGGAUCCGUCGAAGACGAUCAAGGUGCCCGAGGGUUUUGAUUACGAGCUCUACAAUCGGAAUGAUAUUAACAGGAUUCUCGGCCCCAAGGCGUCCUGCAUCUCGUUCAAGGACUCUGCGUGUCGGUGCUUCGGUUAUAUGGUCUCCAAGAAGAAGUAUAUUUAUACUAUUGAUGAUGAUUGCUUUGUUGCCAAGGAUCCAUCUGGCAAAGACAUCAAUGCUUUGGAGCAGCACAUACAGAACCUCUUGACUCCAUCCACUCCACAUUUCUUCAAUACCCUUUAUGAUCCUUACAGGGAUGGCGCCGACUUCGUCCGUGGUUACCCCUUCAGUCUUCGCGAGGGAGUUCCCACAGCUGUCUCCCAUGGCCUGUGGCUCAACAUCCCUGACUACGAUGCCCCCACCCAGCUUGUCAAGCCACGGGAGAGGAACACCAGAUAUGUCGAUGCUGUUCUGACAAUCCCCAAAGGCACCAUUUUCCCUAUGUGCGGUAUGAAUUUGGCAUUCAACCGUGACCUCAUUGGCCCUGCAAUGUACUUUGGCCUUAUGGGCGAUGGUCAGCCAAUUGGGCGCUACGACGACAUGUGGGCUGGCUGGUGCACCAAGGUUAUAUGCGACCACUUGAAUCUCGGGAUCAAGACAGGUCUGCCGUACAUUUGGCACAGCAAGGCGAGCAACCCAUUUGUGAAUCUGAAGAAGGAAUACAAAGGCAUCUACUGGCAGGAAGAAAUCAUCCCAUUCUUCCAAUCCAUAGUUCUCCCCAAGGAGAGCAAGACUGUUCAGGACUGCUACAUUGAAAUUUCGAAGCAAGUUAAGGAGAAACUCUCCUUAGUCGAUCCGUACUUCACGAAGCUGGCGGAUGCCAUGGUGACUUGGAUCGAGGCCUGGGAUGAGCUCAACCCUUCAGGAGAUGCAUCUGUGAAGGUCCCCAAUGGUGCCCCCGCCGCCAAAUAGAGCUGAGUUCAGGCAACCUUACAACCUUAGUAUUUAUUUCACUACUGCAUUUUUUUCGUCUUUUUUGGUCAUGAGCUGAUUCCGGAUAUGAACUUGGAUUUUGAGGAGGAGUGACUUGAUUCACUAUGUAACUUUACUUUAUUUUAAAUUAUUGGUAUUAUUAUUAUUAUUAUUAUUA